AUGUCGGGCGUCGGCGAGGCCAUCGGCACGGCGCUCGCGGUGGUGGGCGUCAUGGGCCAGCUGUUCGACGGCUGCAUCAAGGCGUACGGCUUCUUCACCACGGCCGCCAACCUCGACGUCGACAGCCAGCGGCUCUUCUGCAAGGUGCGCAUCGAGGAGAUGCGCCUGGUCGUGUGGGGCCGCGACUGGGGCGUCGCCGAGGGCAAGCUCGAGGCCCAUCUCGACAGCACGCGCAACCCGCAGCUGCGGCGGCUGGCCAUGGAUAUCCUCGAGGAGCUGCAUGGCACCGUCACGGACUUCCGCAAGCUGCAGGAUAGGUAUGGACUGCUCGAUCAGGGGGCGAGUGCCUCCCUGGAUCCUAAGCACAAGACGACCAAGGGCGGCAAGAAGGCGAAUGGCCUCACCAAGACCUCGGCGGCGAGUAGUGAGCGGAGUUUUAAAAAGGAAUUCGGUCUCCGGGCCAGAUGGGAUAAGUUCACAACCCUUCUCAAGGACUUAAGAGACUUCAACGACGGCCUCGAGCGCCUCUUCCCGCCAUCCCACCUCCCGUCCUUCCAGCGCUCCUGGACGCACGAGCUCCUCGAAUCCGCACAGCGCGACCUCGCGCAGCUCUCGCUGCUCGAAAAGGCGGCCACGGGCGUGUACCCGCAGCUCACGGCGUCGGCGACGCUCAAGAGCCUACGCAUCAACCUCGACACGAAGCCGCAGGCGUCCUUCAAGCCGACCUUUGCGCUCAAGGUGCCCCGGCCGGCGCUGGACAUCCCCGAGGCCGCCGACCGCCGGCGCUGCCAGGCCCAUCACGAGACGGCCGGCGACGUCAUCGUUGAGUGGGUGGACUAUGACCGCGAGGCUAUCGAGGAGCGCGUUGCCCACGUGCGCCGCCUCGACGACCUCGCCCGCAUGAUGCACUCGGCGUCUGAAUGCCACCCGGACCUGCACAGCAUCGACUGCGUGGGCUACACCGACGACACCGCCAACAACCGCUACGGCCUCGUCUACAAGGCGCCGCAGUCGUCCUUCUCCACGCUGCACACGCUCAUCUCGUCGCCAGACCUCAAGACACCCGACCUCAACGACCGCGUGCGCCUUGCCCAGACCCUCGCCGUAGCCCUGUGGUCCCUCCACUCGCUCGACUGGUUGCACAAGUCGCUCUGCAGUGCGAACAUCCUCUUCUUCCCUUCGGCCAUCUCCAAGUCGGCUCACGAGCCAACCGCCGCCGCCGCCCUUGUCCCGGAGAUCGCCACCCCCUUCCUCACCGGCUUCGACGCCUCUCGCCCGGAUCUCGACACUGCCCUUUCUGUCGUCUCUCGCAAUCCUUCCAUUGCAACCCUCCACCGCCACCCGGCUUCUCUGCGUGGUAUGCCCCACUGCAAGCCCUUUGACAUCUACAGCCUUGGCCUCGUCCUCCUCGAGAUCGGCCUCUGGAAGGUCCUCCAGGCCUACCACAAGCCUCACUACUCCGCUGACCGCUGGCGUGACAAGGUCGUCCUCUCUGCCCUCGUUCCCGGCCUGAACAGCAAGGUCGGUCGGAGGUACCGCGAAGUCGUUGAGAUGUGCCUCAAGGCUGGCGAGCAUAUGACGAGUAGUGAAGCUGGCAAGCUGAUGGAGACGGUUGUCUCGACGCUGGAAGGCAUCCGGGUAUGA